GUGAUGGUAAAACCAAGCAAGAAGCAAAACACUCCGCUGCCAAGAAUCUUAUGGAUUUGAUUAGAGAAGCUGGGAACCCAGACCGAGGAUCAGUCCCUGUGGGUCGAGUUCCUCCUCUGUGUGCACCAGUACUGGUAAGUCGUCAGGUGGACAUUGUAUACAGAGAGCAACGAAAGUUCCAGAGUCCACAUUUACAGGCAGUGCCAGUCUUUGAAGACUACCGUGAAACUUCUCCUUUGCGUAAUCAGCCACUCCUUGCACUAAAAGGGAAAGAAGACAGGGAUAGAUGCUCUUCUGCUGAAAGAGUUUCUCGUCCCAUAAGUGAAGCAACAGAAUGCAGUAGAGAGCCAAUACCAUUACCCUCUGUUGAAGACUACUUAUGUGGACGUUUCCAGGAUCAGUUGAAAGUUACUGAUCAGAACUGAGAAAAGAAGCCUGCAUUUUACUAUGUAUAUUUUGUGAGGAUUGUGUCUGUGCGAGAUAUAAAUUCAUUUUGAAGCAAGAAAUUGUUAUACAGUUGACAUUCUCACAUUGUAAUGAACAGAGUUUAUAAUAUAUUUUGAUGUUAAUAUUCAGUAAAAAAUUUUUAGUUAAAGUGGAGCCUUUUUUCACAACUGAAGUUUGAAUUAUUUCCAUCUGAAAUAACUGUAAGAAGCGCAACAUUUUACGUUGCAUAGGACUCUGAUAAAAGUAAACAGUCAUCAAAACGUAAGUUAAGGAAUUUCUGAUAUAAAAGUGGCUGUGUGCAGCACAACAGUGCAAUGAGUUCUAGCAGUGGGACAGAAAUGUUAUGUAAAAAAUAUAUGCUUAUUAAAAACUUAUUGCCGGUUUGUUGGCUACAUUUUUAAUGUUUUGUGUGUGUUACAUGUGUGAGAAGUUUAUAAAGUAAUUUUGAAGCCAGAGAGUUGUGUAGUUUAGGCUUCCACAUUGUACUGAAUUAUAUUUUUAAUGUAAAUAUUAAGGAAUAAAUUUUUAAUUAAACUGUAGAA